AUGUCUCAAAUGUUGUUUGAAUCAUCUGUUACUAAAGCACAUCAACAAUGGAUGAUUAAAUAUGGAAUCCCAUAUCCAAAUAGUUCUGAGAUGGAGAAACGCUUACAAAUAUUCAAAGAGAAUCUAGAAUACAUAGAAAAGUUUAAUAAUAACGCUGGUAAGAAGAGUUAUACGCUUGGCUUAAAUCCAUAUUCCGAUUUAACUACAGAAGAGUUUUGGGCUACCUAUACCGGAUUCAAAGUCUCAAACCAAGUUUCUUCCUCCAAAACCAGAUCAAAUCCAGUACUCUUCAACAUCACUGAUGAUCUUCCAACAACUUUUGAUUGGAGAGAAAAAGGAGCGGUGACAGUUAUUAAGAAACAAGGAGACUGUGGUUACUAG